AGCAAUAGCAUUAACGUGUGUGUAAUUCUAUUUAGCUGUUUUUUGUUGCUUGUGAGAAGGUUAUACUCCAAUACAUUUUCAUUUUUAGAGAAAUGUAUUUUCUUUUAUUUGCAGUAUUAAACAAGUAGUGAAUUUUACUUCAUCAGUCUUUUCAGCAUAUAUUAAAACAAAGAUGGAUAUGGAAUAUACACUUGAAGAUGCUCUUGUACUAUUGCAAGAAAAGAAAAGAAAGCAGGAAAAAAGUAUAGAAAACUUUAUAAAAAUACUGUCAAACAAUGAAACUUUUUCUUUAAAAACAUCAAGUUCAUUGGAGGAUAUAAAGAUGAAGCAAAAAGAACUACAUCAAAAUUUAUUAAAACAAAUUCAACAAAUAGAACCUAAAGAUUAUCCAAUUUUGAGAACGUCUGAUUCACGCUUAGAACUAAUAACCGAAAUAGAAAAAGACAUUCAUGAUAUGCAAGAGCUUUUUGAUAAUCUUCAACAAAAGCUUUCUGAUAUUCAGGAAGAUAUCACAUAUUUAAAAAAUAAAAAAAGUGGACUUGAUAAAAUGCAAGAAGCUUAUUUAGAUGCCACAAAUACUUUUGCAAAUACAAUGUAUAAAAAGGAACUAAUUGUGUCCAAGCGUAUAUUUAAAGAAAUAAAGAAAGACUUGGCUAACACAGUUGACAUAAUUUUUCCUAAAAAUGUGGACCUCAAUGACUUAUUAGCGACAUUAACAGCUGCUUAUUCAAAAGGCGGAGACGAUGUUUAUAUAGAUGUUACACCAGAUGUUUUAGAAUUUGUACAUUAUCUCUUGGAAGCUAAUAUAAUACAAUAUCAUCGUAACGACAAGACUAAAAUUAAAAUGAUUGAGCUAUUGUAAUAUUCGAUAAGUAAUUAAUAUUUUACAA